GCUAUUUUUUUCCUCAACUACUGUGUUUUUUUGGUGCAAACCAUCAGAUCUGCAACGAUCGUUGAGGUGAUCGGUUGGUUUUCUUUUUGACGUUGGUGUAAGCGUUUGGGAGCGUGCGCGAAAGAAAAAAAACAUAACGAAACAAUAGUCAAAAUGUAUUGGUUUUAUGAGACAACAGUUCGAUCGCGUAUUGUGACAAAUUCCUCAAGAAAAGAUUGAGAAAGAGUUUUAAUUUCGGCCUUACAAAAGGCUUUUAUUCUCGAAAAUAAAUAAUACAUUUGUUCAAUGAAUACAGCAACAGGGUGCUAGUGCAGAAAGAGAAAAGAAAAGUCGACGAGAUGAUAUUCAAAAAGAAGUGGAUUUUGGCAAUCAUUUUGACUUUGGCCAUAUCACGGCCAGCGUCUGCUACAGUAAUCUCAAAUUUAAAUGUGAUAUUCGAAACAUUCGGACCGCUGAGCAUGGUGCGGUUUUUUGAAUUCAAUGAUAUCGGUUGGAACAUCACUGAAAAGUGCAUCAAGGAUAUGUUUUUGUUUCUAGACGGUCUACAUAAGGACAUCAAGUGGGCAGUGAAAUUGUACGAUGCAUCGGGAUAUUAUGCUGGAAGUAUGUACGCCGGAAACAAUGUUCGACGAGGCGAUCCGCAAUUAUGUCGUGAAUUGAACGAAGAAAUCAACAUUCAUAAUUACCAAGCAUUGGCUGGCACCCACAAUCGAACUGUCUACGAAGAUGUUCAGGGCUACAUGAUACCGCCAAUUUAUUUGCCAUUUCGCGUCCAACUGGUGAACGCCCGCUACAAAAGCGUCAUCGAAAGUUCACCAAUGCACACAUAUGUCAUUCAUCAGACGGCAUGCAUGCCAAAGUCUUGCAAUCACCUGGAUUUAAUGCAAGUUAUGUCGUAUUCGAACGUAUCACACUUGCGCAACAAUCUUGUGAUGAAAAAUUCCGAACUGUUGGAUGUGCGAAUUUUAAGCGAAAAGUACACGUAUUACACCGAUUCUGCAUUUUAUAUUUUCAUUGGUUUGACAUCAGUCUUUCUCAUAUUCGGCCUCUUCGGAACGAUCCUAGAGCAUCUAAUGUACUUCGAUGUGAAAAUGAAUCUAAUGCAACUUCAGCAGCAAGAAGCAUUAAAUGCAAAUGCAACACAAUUGGCCAAUCGCUUGAAUCAACUAACUAAUUGCACACGGAACUACAAAAAUAGUGAAAGUCUAAAAACUAAUCUCAACGCAGCACAACUAGAUACAUUGGGAAGUGUAAAUUUGAUUCGUAUUAAGGAAUUAAAAAUGGAAGAUUUGUCGUCGCUCAGCGUGGAUUUUCUUUCAUCAAAGUGUACUAAAUUUUCAUCGGAUGCGGGAUCGGUUAGCAUUGCAUCAUCAAAUCCAAAUAGUUUGCGAGCACUAUUGUUAGCGUUCUCAUGGAGGCGAAAUUUCGAGAUUUUAUUCAGUGAUCUACAGAGAUAUUGCAUCAGUGAUGUGAUCGAAAUAGCCGGGCUACGUGUUUUGUGUCUGCUAUGGAUACUAUUGGUACAUGUCACCACCGUUUUGUAUUAUGUGUCGGACAAUAAGAUGUACAAAUAUCGCACUGACGGCUCCAAUUUAGUGCAAGGCAUUUUAAGCAGCGGUUCGCUUGCCAUCGAUACACACUUUUUCUUAUGCGGUGUAUGCGUUGCGCACAUGUUCUUCAAUCGAAUGAAAAAUAUCGAUGUUGAAGCGAUUUGUUCCUGUUUCGAUACAUUGUUGCACAUCAUGUCGAUGAUUGCCUACAAAGUGUUGCAAAGUGUUUUCCCAUAUAUUGCAAUACUGUUGCUGUUGCAAAUGUUGAUGAAACAUUUCUACGAUUUUAGUAUAAUCGAUAUUCCGUCGAUGGAUCAUCGAACUUGCGAAAGAAGCAUGUGGCGCAACAUCCUCUACAUCGAUCAAUUUUAUCCGCUGGACGAACGAUGUAUGCUGUGGUCAUGGGUAUUGUCCAUAGAAGUACACUGCUUCGUAGUGGCCUGUAUAAUUUUGUUGAUAUUAAAAAAUCAUCCACGCUUUGGCAUCAUUAUAUUCAGCUCAUUCUUGAUUAGUUCGUUGAUUGCAAACACAACGCUUCGAUUUUAUGACCAUCGACCGGAAACCAAAAUCAGCUCGAGUUUGAUUGCCGAAGAAAGUCUUACGUUUUUCAAUGGAUUGUACGACAAACCAUGGACCCGACUCUCUCCAUACAUUUUUGGCAUUUGUAUUGGCUUUAUCAUAUACAAGAUCGAUACAAAGCUGGAGAUUAGCAUCGGAAUGAUGUCUUGUGGCUGGAUUUCCUGUUUAUUGCUUGUGGUUGCUCUUAUUUUUAGUAAAUCUCUCAUUUCAAUAACUACAAAUGCCAUGUUUUCAACAAUAAUUCACAUGACCUGGUCGGUAAUCAUACUCUGGAUCAUUGUUGCAUCGAUAUCAAAACACCGAGGUUUGAUCGGACACAUACUUACAUCAAAGUAUUUAAUGCCUUUGGAUAAAAUGACAAACUGUUUUCUAAUGGUUUAUCCAAUCAUUACUCGCAUUAUUAUUUUGAGCUCAGACAGCAGCAUGCAUCUAUCGAUUGGAUUAAUUAUUACCUUCUUCCUGGGCAUCACCAUACUAACCAUUUUUGCCAGUUUCACACUUUACAUGAUCUUCCAGGCUCCAGUUGAAGACCUUCUGAGAAAUAUUUAUAAUCAAAAGAUGAAAUACUGAUUUUAUACCUAGUUUAGUUGAGACACAACCGAUGGUUUUAUUUUUUUAUAAGAGUUGUCAUUCCAAAUAAAUUUAGCG